GGCCAGGAUAAUAAUCAGUUAUUUCAUGUUUUUUUCCCUUUCACAUCACAUUCACAUUUCUACCACACUACGCUAAUGUAGUGAGUGAUACGCAUAGUUUUGCCCAGAAUUCUAUUCAUUAGGUUAUUGUUCUGAGAUUAUUGUUAACUGUUUCUAUUCUGUAUCAAAUGUUUAUUUGCAAUAAGUGUAAAAAUUUUAACAGACAUGGAUAGUGUUUGUGGCUCUGAAUUUUGGAAUUCAAGUGUAACAUGGAACACAGAGGAUCCAGACUUUACGCCUUGUUUUGAGAAAACAGUGCUGGUGUGGGUGCCAUGCUUGUUUCUGUGGAUCUUCUCGCCGUUGGAGGUCUACUACCUCACACGCAGCCACACACGUGACAUACCAUGGAAUUGGCUCAACAUUUCCAAAAUUGUGUUGCAGACCUUGCUUGUCCUACAAUGCAUCGUGGAGCUAGGCUAUGCUCUACACACAUAUUUAUCCAAAGGCAGUGUUUUCACUGUGGAUAUUUACACACCAGCCAUCAAAGGCUUGUCGUUUGCAUUUUGUGUUUUUCUGACUGUAUAUAAUAGAAAACGUGGCCUUUGCACUUCGGGACUUAUAUUUCUGUUCUACUUCUUGCUAGCUAUUGGCGGAGUAGCACAAUUUCGUACAGAAAUAACUAGAACUAUGAAUGAGGGUGUGGCAGAGGCCUUCUAUUUCUACAGUUAUGUAGUUUACUAUCCAGUUGUAUUGCUCGUUCUAUUUUUAAACUUUUUCGCUGAUGAUAAACCAAAGUUCUCCGAAUAUCCGCCUUCUGAGAACCCUUGUCCCGAAACUUUUUCAUCGUUCCCGUCUAGAUUAACAUUCUCCUGGUUCAGCAAAUUAGCAUGGCUGGGCUACAGGAAGCCAUUGGAAACAGGAGACUUGUGGCACAUAAACUUCGAAGAUUCGUCUUCAGGCGUCGUGCCAAAAUUCGAGAAAUUCUGGAACAAAAAGUACAGGAAAAUUUUAUUGUCGACUGAGGUAAACGACAAAGUGCCAACUUCCAAACGGUCGGGCAGUGUUGAUUUCGCGGAAAUCAACGACGGUCGCCGCGGUUCGAGCAAGCCGAGUGGUACCACCAAGCAUCAGGCGUCCAUUCUACCUGUGCUAUGUGCCGCAUUCGGUCCCAAAUUCCUCUUCGGAUCCGUGCUCAAGCUAGGCCAAGAUCUGCUCUCCUUCGUCAGUCCGCAAAUACUAGAGCUGCUUAUUGGGUUUGUAGAGGGCAGUGAGAGUGUGUGGCGUGGCUACAUGUAUGCAGGCCUCCUGCUGCUCACUGCUAUGCUGCAGACAUUCCUGUUGUCACAGUACUUCAACUGCAUGUUCCUCGUCGGUCUGCGCAUUCGCACUGCGCUCAUAUCCGCCAUCUACCGCAAGGCGAUGGUGAUGUCGAAUUCGGCGAGGAAAGAGUCGACUGUUGGUGAAAUAGUUAACCUGAUGUCAGUGGAUGCUCAGCGCUUCAUGGAUCUGCUCACCUACCUCAACAUGAUCUGGUCUGCGCCACUCCAAAUUUUCCUCGCUCUAUUCUUCUUGUGGCAAACACUAGGAGCAUCAGUUCUAGCCGGUCUCGCUGUAAUGAUAAUCAUGAUCCCGAUCAACAGUUACAUAGCAACACGCGUCAAAACACUGCAAAUGCGACAGAUGAAAUACAAGGACGAACGAGUGAAGCUGAUGAAUGAAGUACUUUCUGGAAUCAAGGUUUUGAAAUUAUAUGCAUGGGAGCCCAGCUUUGAACAACAGAUAUUGAGGAUAAGAAACAAAGAAGUCCAGGUAUUGAAGGAAGCCGCUUAUCUAAAUGCAUCAACGUCGUUCAUCUGGGCAUGCGCUCCUUUCUUAGUGUCACUCGUAACGUUUGCAGUUUACGUUCUUUCGGAUGAAGCGAAUGUACUGGACUCGAAGAAGGCAUUCGUUUCUCUAUCACUUUUCAACAUUCUACGUUUUCCUUUGUCGAUGUUGCCUAUGUUGAUCACCAAUAUUGUUCAAGCUGGUGUAUCAAUCGAAAGAAUAAACAAGUUUAUGAAUUCUGAAGAACUGGAUCCAAACUCAGUUGAACAUAAUGAAUCAGAAGAUGACCCUCUAAUCAUUGAGAACGGGUCUUUCUCGUGGGGAGACCGCGGAUCUGACGGAGACGAUGCUCUGAUUCUGAAGAACAUCAACGUGUCGAUUAAGGCCGGAUCACUUGUUGCUGUUGUUGGUCCGGUCGGUUCGGGCAAAACCUCAUUGGUAUCCGCCUUCUUAGGGGAAAUGGAUAAAGUUUCCGGUCGUGUAAAUACCAAGGGUUCAAUAGCGUACGUGCCGCAACAGGCGUGGAUCCAGAACGCCACUCUUCAGCAGAACAUAUUGUUCGGACAGACUCUAGAAAAUAGUAACUACAAUCGCGUCAUUGAUAAUUGUGCCUUGAAACAAGAUUUUGAUAUGCUACCGGCUAGAGAUCAGACUGAAAUUGGCGAAAAGGGAAUCAAUCUGAGUGGAGGUCAAAAGCAGAGAGUGAGUUUAGCCAGAGCUGUUUAUAAUAACGCUGACAUUUACCUGCUCGAUGAUCCGCUCAGUGCCGUCGACAGUCAUGUGGGGAAGCACAUUUUUGAAAAAGUUAUUGGACCUAAAGGAAUGCUCAAGAAGAAGACGAGAGUACUGGUCACUCACGGCAUUUCGUUCUUGCCGGAGGUGGACUUUAUUCUUGUGGUGAACAACGGUCAGGUGUCGGAACAGGGAACCUACAAAGAACUGCUUGCCAAGAAAGGUGCUUUUGCUGAUUUCAUUGUUAAUCAUCUUCAAGAUGUUGAUGAUCCUGAAGAAGAAGAACAGUUAGACGAGUUGAAGCAACAAUUGUUGGGCAACAAGAUUGAUAAAAUUGGAAACUCCAAGUUGGGACGACAAAGAUCCAGCGAAUCAGGAUCUAGUACAACUUCUAUUCAAAGGCGGAAAUCAUUGGAAAACGAUAGACCACCUCCUAAUAAAAAUGCAAUAGCCAUCGGAGAAAAGUUGAUAGAAACCGAAAAAGCAGAAACAGGAAGCGUAAAAUGGCAUGUCUACAAACACUACAUCCAAUCAGUAGGUAUGAUUCUGACCGUAGCCACGUUUGUGAUCAACGUGAUUUUCCAAGGAUUCUCCAUAGGCUCGAAUCUUUGGCUGUCGAAGUGGUCUAGUGACCCAAUCCUGAAGGGCAAUGGGACAAAUCACACUCAUCAGAGGAACUUGUAUCUUGGCGUUUAUGCUGGUUUGGGGGCUGGACAAGGUGUGGCGGUGGUGUUCACCGAUUUGUUUCCGCAGCUUGGAUGCUGGCUGGCGGCACAGGUGUUUCACAAUUCGUUGUUGCAUGGCGUGCUGCGCGCUCCGCUCGCCUUCACCGACACCACGCCCACUGGACGCAUUCUGUCGCGCUUCUCCAAAGACCAGGACGUGCUAGACAACUCCCUGCCGCAGGAGAUAACUGACACCAUUUACUGUUCGUUUGAAGUAUUAGCCACUUUAGUGGUCAUCAGUUACACAACUCCACUAUUCAUUUUUGUGAUAUUGCCAGUUGGAAUCAUCUACUAUUUCAUUCAGAGAUUCUAUGUGGCGACUUCAAGACAGUUGAAACGACUCGAAUCUGUUUCAAGGUCACCUAUCUACUCGCAUUUUGGUGAAAGUGUCACAGGAGCACAAAUGAUCCGAGCUUACGGUGUUCAGAAGAGGUUUAUUCGGGAGUCGGAGAACAAAGUUGAUAUGAAUCAAGUGUGCUACUACCCAAGUCUGAUUGCUAACAGGUGGUUAGCUAUCAGAUUGGAAACAGUUGGAAAUCUCAUAAUAUUUUUCUCGGCACUUUUUGCCGUUAUCGAACGGAACUCAAUGAAUUCUGGCUUAGUUGGUCUUUCAGUCAGCUAUGCUUUGCAGAUCACUCAAACGCUCAAUUGGCUGGUAAGAAUGACAUCAGACUUCGAAACAAACAUUGUGGCUGUGGAGAGGAUAAAAGAAUAUGCAGAAACAACACAGGAAGCGGCAUGGGAGAUCACUCCCUGCCCGGUGAACGAGAAGUGGCCUGAAAAGGGAGAACUGGAUUUCAACAACUUCCAGCUCAGAUACAGGGAGGGACUCGAUCUUGUUCUCAAAGGAAUCACUUUCCAUAUCAACAGUGGAGAAAAGAUCGGCAUAGUGGGCCGAACCGGCGCGGGCAAGUCGUCGCUGACCCUGGCGCUGUUCCGCAUCCUGGAGUCGGCGGGUGGCUGCAUCUACCUGGACGGAGUCGACAUCUCGCGUCUCGGCCUCCACACGCUGCGGGCCCGUCUCACCAUCAUCCCACAGGACCCUGUCCUAUUCUCGGGCACCUUGCGAAUGAACUUGGACCCAUUCGCCCGAUACACUGAUCAACAGGUGUGGCAAGCGUUGGAGCAUGCGCAUUUGAAGACGUUUGUGAAAGGCCUCACAGCCGGUCUACAGCAUCAGGUCACCGAGGGCGGCGAAAACCUCAGUGUCGGCCAGCGUCAACUGAUCUGCCUGGCGCGAGCCCUACUGCGCAAGACCAAAGUGCUGGUGCUGGACGAAGCGACGGCCGCCAUUGACCUUGAAACCGACGAACUCAUUCAGCGCACCAUUCGCGCCGAGUUCAGGAACUGCACCGUGCUCACCAUUGCUCACAGGCUCAACACUAUCAUGGACUCUGACAGAGUGUUGGUGCUUGACAAAGGCCAGAUUGCUGAAUAUUCAUCACCGGCCGAGUUGUUGAAAUCGAAAACGUCGUUAUUCUAUUCAAUGGUUCACGACGCGGGUCUUGUAUGACAGUAAUUGAUCAAUUUAGAAAAGUAUCAUCAACUGCCUUCAACGAUCUUUUGUAAUAAAAUGAUAAUUCUAGUGUAGUUUGAUUAUGUCUAGAAUGUAAGCUCCCACCAGUUUUGUAUUGCAAUUCCCAAUUAAACAUCACCCACUCACAUGAUUUGGUAAUAGGUUGUUGUUUCUAAGCGUUUCAACUGGUUUCAGUUUUUGUCAAUAAAAUAAUUCCAAACGUGUAUUCUAUCAUUUCAUAAAACUGUUCAUGAGCUUCGAAAUGAUAUUAAGAAUUUAUAGCAAUAAUUAUUGGAAAGUUUCCCUCUUUAAUGGGAAAUGAUUUUAUGAAAAUUACGAAAAUGAUCAUUUUCAAUUCGUAAUAGCUCACGAAUCAGUCUUUAAUAGUUACUACUUAUGAUUUUUAGAUUUAAUUUUGUUAGGAAAUUAAAAAAUAUAUAUAUAUAUUGAAAAAUGUUACAUAUCCUCGAAUUAUUUUAGUGAUAUUCUUUUAAUCAAGGAAAACAGCAUAGGUUUUAAGUAAUUCAAAUUGAGCAGCUAUCAGACAUAACCUGAAAUUCAGUGAUUGAUUUUUAAUUUGUAAUGUAGGUCUUGUUUUGUUUUACGAUUUAACGUUUUGAAUAGUCUUUUCCAUGUACAGUCAAGGAGAUGGAAUGUAAUGAGAUAGCUUUUCAUGAACGUAUUUGAGGAGUAAAAUAGAAAUGCCAUUAAAAUGGUUAUAAUUAGAACCACAUUUCCUUUCAUAAUGUGUAUCGAAUAAUAUUUCUGCCGUUGCCAUUUCGAAUCGAGAAUCAAAAGGAAUUAAAUUUUACAAGUUUUAUAAAUUUUAGAGUCUAACAAAAAUUCUAUAUUUUUAGAAUUUAUUUUUUUAGCUGUGUUCUUGAGUUGCCAAACUUCAAAGUUAAAGAUCUACCUUCUUAAGUUUUUAAUAGAUAAACACUAGCCAAACUUCAUCUUGCCAUUAAAACAUCACAUGUAAACGUUUUAUGGGUAACUACUAUAUUUGUAUCCUAAUAAUUAAUCCAUGCUUUAAAUUAAUUUAUAGUUUUAUUUUUGAAAAUGUUUUUGAAUUUUUUAUGUCUAGUGCCUUCACCAAAAUUUUAAUCAACAUUUCACUUGCAUAAUUUUGAAUAUAACUUGAAUGUUUUUUCAAGUGCAUUGAUGAUAUUUAAACGAUGUAAGCUCAAAAUGAUAUAUCAAAAAAUAACCAGAUUGUAAUAUUAUUUGCUAUUGCUUAAAUACAUGUAAAAUUUAUUUAAGUUUGAUUUAUUGCACAAGACUAAGUUAUAUUAUAUCUUUGAAUGAGAAAAUGAUUUACAAUUAUAUCUAAUAUUUGUCUGUGUUAACAAAAUCACAAUUAAUAAUUUGUACUUAAUGAUGAUACGAGUUUUUUCUGGUAGUCUCUAGAUAUUUGCAUUUAUUAUCAGCUAUAUGCUGAUCUCAUGUUUCUAUAAAAAGUUUAUUUCAAAUUCGUGCCAAAUUACAAGUACUUACGAGGUGAGACUAUUUACUGGUGAUUCACUUUACUAGCGAAUUUCUAACAUUUAAAGUUACUACGUUAUUGCGAAAUACUUUUUAUUCAUUUUAUCUGAUCAAACUACAGUAUGUACUUACAAAAUGAUUUAUUUUGUACUGAAUCUUAAAAUUUUACAAGAUAAUUUUCAAUCUUGUUUUAUGUUCCUCCUUUUAUUGGUUCCAUUGAUAUUAAAAUAUUGUAGAAAUAGUGACAAAGGUAUAUAAUAUGUAAUGUAUAAGAAAAUUUAUAUUGUCAAACUUGAAUAUUAUUUUUGAAAGUACAAAAUGGAAUUUAUUUGUGAAUAAAUUUUACAAAUUCUCAUUAAAAUCGAUUAAGUUAUAUGAUUAUCA